CCGCUGGAGCUGGCGCUGUGCGUGGGGCUGCGGCUGGCCACGGUCCGAGGUCUGUCCAACUAUGACAGCCGUGUGCGCCAAGGAGAGCCGCUGGAGCCGAGAAACUACGUGCUGCGUUCGCCGCCGGCGACCAUCGGAGCGGCCUGGCAGCACGGCGGCCAGCCCCUCUCCUCCAACGGCACCAUCAGUGCCUGCAAUUGCAAGAUUCAUUGCCUAUCGGACCCGCUGUGCUUCAGUUACCAGUACAACAGCGCGACCGGCUGCGUAACCUUCGCGUCAAGAGGCGCUCCGGUCUAUCUUUCCAGCGCUGUGACCACAGGAAACGACCUGCAGUACAGAGAUGGCAUGGCACGACUCGGCGACUUCUGCAAGAUAAAGGAUGAGUGCACGUUCGUCGUAGAUGAUUCCGAGUGCAGGAGUGGUGUCUGUGCCUGCCGCGACGGCCUGCAAGAAGUCGGCGGGGCAUGCACAGAAGAAGUAACAACUGAUGGAGCAGGAGGGGGCGCCGCGGCAGGAUCGGCUGGCACAACGAUGACCAGCUCUGGGGGCUCAAAGGGCUUGUCUGAAUCUGGGCUGACAUCCAUCUCUGUUACGCCUGCCAUGGGAGCUGAAUCAGGUGACACAUCUGGCACCGAACAGUCGUCCAAUGCUGCUUCCUCUUCCAGUGGUCAAGCAGGUACCACCUCUGGUUAUGGACAGACAACCAAUUCGGCCUCAUCCGCCUCCGGUACUAGUGAACCUGGUGCCGCAUCUAAUUCUGGACAGGGGACAACUUCUGGUCCAUCUGCCGGUGAUGGAGCAACUGCUACGUCCAGCUCUGGACUGACGAAUGUUGCCUCAUCUUCCAUCAGCGAAGCCGAUGCCUCAUCGACAUUUGAUCCGAGAACGACUUCUGCUUCAUCUGUUGGUGGAGCUGACUCCACGUCCCGUCCUGGGCUGACGUCUUCUGACGCUUCAUCUAGCGCUGGCAGCGAAGCGUCAUCUGCAGCAGGUGGUGCAGCUGAAACUACACGUGAUCGUGGGCUUGCGACGUCUUCGGCUUCGCCUGUCAUUGGUGGAGCAGAUACCACAUCUGAUCCAGGGCUGGCAUCGACUCGCUCUACAUCUGGCUUAGAUGCUGUCGGAAACGCUGGUUCCUCAGGGUUUGUGGUCGUCGGUCUCUUCAUGCCAGCUGGGCCUGUCUUCAACAACCCUUCUCAGAUGUACUGCAAGCGUCUUCUCGAUCCCAACACCGGAGAGCAAGUUGUUCUUAACGGGAGAAAGCAACUGAAGAACCUUAACAGCGAUGGACAAAUGCACCAGUGUCCUUCGAACCCGCCGUCGGAGGUGAUAACGGCUAUCUACUCAUCCCGGGAGAACACGUUUCACGUGGACGCACUUCUCUGCGUGGACGUUGGAUGGAGCCUAGGCACCUGUCGCAACGAGGUCCCGGGAACCGCACUCGUGCCCGGCGUCAGUGGGCCCUGCAGCAGACCAGACCACGUCAUGGUGGGCGCCAAGAUCAAGCGGAACGCUCCCGGCGAGGUGGAGGAGCUGCGCUGCUGCGCGCGAAGCGAUCCCUAGGCAGGAGGUGGGCAAGAACGAACAAACCGGUGAACCGAAUGCGGCCGACGACAUACCGCUGCGAUGCACUGAAUGGGGUGUGGCAAUUUGUGUUGUUUGUUUGAUGCCUUUAAUACCAAAUGCCAUCUGUUUUAAUUUCGGCUGAAGUAAUUAGAGUUUUCAUAAGCAUUUCGGCAGAAGUAAAUUAGGCUUUUUUGCACGACGGUGGGCGGGGGCUGCAUGCCGCUGUUUGACCUAUCUCACCCGCAGCCAUCUCAGUGGCCUUGUGUAGUGACGCUUGGUCUAGCACGGUGUCGGACAUCUCAUUACAAAUCAUUAAACAUCUGACACAGUUGGCGCGGGUGUCACUAUUUCUUUAAGUCUGUUGUUGCCUUUAGCCCGCGCCUGAUCGGGAGGAAGUUGACACGUCUCCAAGGUUUGUCGAGCACAGGUCAACAAUCAAUGCUUGCAGCGUCACGAAGUUUUCAGUGCUUGUUUAUCUACCCAUUUGGCACCCAUCACGCAAAUUGGAAGCUUUAAUCUAUCACGAUCAGUAACCUAGGUGAGGUGAAAGAAGUCAACCUUUAAAAAAUUGACCACACAUAACAUUGUUAUGGGUCGUUUGCCUUCGUUCCCACUUGGUAUAGUAAUAGAACAUGAUACUACCUACAGCUAGCGUCUUUCAGAUCUUUCGUAAAAGGUGAGGUCAUUGACCUGAAGUCAUUGUCUGACCUUGCUGUCUGGCAAGGCUCGCUAUUUUUCAUAAAUAACGCAAGCUUGUACGCUUUGUUGUGUAGCUUUGGUAUUGUACGCGAAGAAAAGAAUACUAAAUUACAUACGCAGCCAUCAUAUGACCACUGAGCACAUAACCUUAGCCCAGCCCAUGAACUACCUCUAUGGGUGCCUUCCUGCAAAACACAUGCUGAGCUCAAAAUAAGCAGUUUUUAGGAAUUUUGGCCGCAGAAUUAGAAUAUUCCACUGCAAACAUGUUGAAACGAAAUAAUAAUACAUUUUGCGGUCACAAUAAGUCAUGCAAGAUCAUAUGAGGUCAUCCAAGGUCAAUGAUCUAUGUUGCCAGAAGCGGAAAGGAUAGAUGAACGAGUGCGACACAUGUAACCACCCCCGUAUCUUAUUUGUGAAACCGUUGACGCCUAAUUUCAGGUACUAACGUCCCUGUGCUCAUUUUGUUGCAAAUACAUUG